CUCUGAAAUCCAAUGGAACGUGGGGAGGCCUGUGGCGUCCUGUGACGCGGCGAUGGACUGGUUGCUGAAAGCGGAAGUGGGGAUGGUUGUAGUCCUGCGGGCAGGGGCUCGAGGUCUGCUUUGGCGGCGAUAGGGGGGGCAGAGGUCCCAUUGGCGCCAGUGGGCGAUGGCGUCGCCGGCAGAAGCGAGGGUGGUGGUGUGCACGGUGCUCGUUCUCGCCGUGUUUGCCGGGCGGGUAGCAGAGGCGACCAAGAAUUCUGAGGAUGUUCGAUGUACAUGCAUAUGUCCUCCUUACAAAGACCAUGCAGGCAACAUUUUCAACAAAAAUAUUUCACAGAAAGACUGUGAUUGUCUUCAUGUUGUUGAGCCUAUGCCAGUUCCUGGACAAGAUGUGGAAGCAUAUUGCUUACGCUGUGAAUGCAAAUAUGAAGAAAGAAGCUCCGUCACAAUUAAAGUUACCAUCAUAAUAUAUUUGUCCAUCUUGGGUCUCCUUUUGCUGUACAUGGUGUACCUUACAUUGGUAGAGCCUAUUCUGAAGAGACGCCUGUUUGGUCAUUCACAGCUAAUACAAAGUGAUGAAGACAUUGGGGAUCACCAACCCUUUGCAAAUGCUCAUGAUGUGCUGGCUCGUUCCCGAAGUCGUGCCAAUGUACUGAACAAAGUAGAGUAUGCUCAGCAACGCUGGAAACUCCAAGUCCAAGAACAGCGCAAAUCUGUGUUUGACCGCCAUGUUGUGCUCAGUUAACUGAGCAUAAUUAAGUUUCUCCAAUUAAUGUUGGAGGAAAAGAAGUUGGACUAAAGUAAAGCACUGAUUUGUCUUCCUGAUUAUGCUGUUUCAGAAUAUUUUUUGCUCAGUGAUAGCAAAGAAAAAUUGCAGACAUGGCAGACACAGCCAAUGGGAGAUAUUUAAAACCUUUAACAAGCCAAAAUCUAACUCUGUAUGCUAUUCAGUGGCUCUUACCAAUAAAGUAUAAGUACUUAUCUGUGUGGUAAUUAUGAUGUUGAGAUGAUUAAUUACAAUACUUAAGGGGAAAAUUCACUAAUGUAUGUGGAUGAAUUGCAAGAGACAAUGUGCAGCAGCAUUUAUGUUACAAAUAACUUUACAUACUGUUGAACUUUUGUAAAUGUAUUUUCCUACUGUCUGUGUAUUGAAAACACACAUUUUGAGGUAUAAUUGUCACAUUCAAAUUGGCUGGUUGUGUAAAUUGUGAUGCUUGCACUGUCAGCUGACUUUUGCAAAUGUGGGGUUUAGAAUAAAUGGACAGAGUAAGCUAGAGGUUUAAAGCAGAAAACUAGAAUUAAAACACUGCACACUUAGUGAGAGUGUUGGUCUCCUAUUUUGCUUGCUACAUAUUUUCUCUGGUAUCUACAAAUCAUGAUUAUAUAUUUAAAUUUUAGUCUUUGGUGGGUAACCUUAAAAAGUUUAGCUUGAUAAUGGAAUGCAAAUAAAUUCUUAAGAAACUUUUCAUGCUGUGGAAAUUGACUCCAUUUCUGAAAUAGCAAUUGGAAUUUCAAAGGUAUGCAAUUGCUAGAUAGCUUUUAUAUCUGUUCUAGAAUAUAGCAGUUAAAUAUUUUAUUCCCAUAAUUUGAAGGAUUUUUCACCAAAAUGAGUGUGUUGUCCAUUUGAGCCGUUUAACUAGUACCUUUGGUGUUCUUCAGGGAUUCAAAGCUGUAAAAGAAGGAAUGGCAGGUUUACAGGCUUCACAACAUUUGUAUUUCUGAGAUGUGAUCUUAACCACAUCAAAUCCUGUUGAAAUCCAUGGGACUUCCCAGUAAGCAUACUUACUGUUAAGGUGUCAGUCCUGCAUACUCAGGACUGAAAAUCUGUCAUGUUACUUGCUCUGAACCAAAAGCCACUUACACUGCAGUAGCUUUAUUCCCUUCACUAUCAUUCGUGGUAUAAUUACUGAAUUUGGUGUGUAGGGGUAGGUCAGUGUAAAAGGUACCUCCCUGGCAACCAUUAUUUAUAAAUGUGCAAGGAACAACAUUUGUUACAAUAUUGUGUAAAUACAUAAAAUAAUUCCUGUAUUGCUUCUGACUUCUAUUUGAACAACAUUUUCAAUAAUUUAUCCAAUUUUGCCUUGAUUUUUUAAUAAUAAAUGCUGGAACACAA